GGGGCCGGCGGCUGGGCUCGGUUUCCUGCUCAGUGGGCGUCGUUGGGGCCCCGGCGGGCCCCGCCCCCGCGCCUCCCACCCCGGGCCCCAGCUGUCACUCAAGGCGGCGGGCUGAGGCCGGCGGCAGCGGCGGGCGGAGAGAGAGGCAGCUACGCCACAGCCCAGCGGCGGCCAUUCGUGGAAAAAUAGGCCGUCCCGCUCCUCCCAGCUCCGGCUGCGACCGGCCUUCUCCCCGCUACCCCCACCCCACCCUCCGCCUCCUCCUCCUCCUUCUCCUCCCCCCUAGAGCGGCGCCUCAGCGGGGCAUUAAUGCGGGAUGAGCGAUCAAAAGAAGGAGGAAACUAUGCCCACAGAGGGAGAGAAAUCUCCCGAGGCAGAGAAUAACAACAAUAAUAAUAAAAAAGGGAAAACUGGAGGCUCACAGGAUUCUCAGCCUUCACCUCUCGCUUUGCUAGCAGCCACUUGCAGCAAAAUAGGAACUCCUGGUGAGAAUCAAGGAACUGGACAGCAGCAGAUUAUUAUAGACCCAAAUCAAGGUUUGGUGCAGCUUCAGAAUCAGCCACAGCAGUUGGAAUUGGUAACAACUCAGCUAGCUGGAAAUGCUUGGCAGCUCGUUGCCGCUGCUCCUUCUGCUUCAAAAGAAAAUAAUGUUGCUCAGCAAGGAUCUUCUGUUGCCUCAAGUGCAGCAAGUCCCUCCAGCAGUAACAAUGGAAGUACAUCUCCUUCAAAAACCAAAUCAGGCAAUUCUUCUACAACGACCCCUGGACAGUUCCAAGUCAUUCAAGUACAGAAUCCAAGCGGUAGUGUCCAGUACCAAGUGAUUCCACAGAUUCAGACAACGGAAGGUCAAAUCAAUCCAUCCAACGCUACUGGCAUACAAGACAUACAGGGUCAAAUUCAGCUUAUUCCUGCAGGGAAUAAUCAAGCUAUCCUCACAACUGCAAACAGGACAGCUUCAGGAAAUGUUAUUGCUCAAAAUCUAGCAAAUCAGACAGUUCCAGUCCAAAUUAGGCCCGGUGUUUCCAUACCACUGCAACUGCAAACUAUUCCUGGUACUCAGGCACAAGUUGUAACAACGCUACCUAUAAACAUUGGUGGGGUGACCCUGGCUUUGCCUGUGAUUAACAACGUUGCCACUGGAGGAAGUUCAGGGCAAGUUGGCCAGUCUACUGAGAGUGGAGUUUCCAAUGGAAAUCAGCUGGCGUCUACACCUGUCACUUCUGCCUCUGGUAGUACCAUGCCAGAGUCUCCUUCCUCAUCUUCCACUGCUACCACCACUGCCUCAACAUCUCUGACUAGCAGUGACACACUGGUCAGCUCUGCAGAAACAGGCCAAUACACAAGCACAGCAGGCAGCAGCUCAGAGCAGGCGACUGAAGAACCCCAAACAACUGCCACAGACUCUGAAGCCCAGAGCUCCAGUCAGCUUCAGUCCAAUGGACUACAGAACGUCCAGGAUCAGUCAGGUUCCCUUCAACAGGUCCAGAUCGUAGGUCAGCCUAUUCUGCAGCAGAUACAGAUCCAGCAGCCUCAACAGCAGAUUAUUCAGGCCAUUCCUCCACAGUCAUUUCAGCUCCAGUCAGGGCAGACUAUACAGACCAUCCAGCAGCAGCCUUUGCAGAAUGUUCAACUGCAGGCAGUGAGCCCAACUCAGGUGCUCAUCAGGGCUCCAACUUUAACACCAUCAGGACAGAUCAGCUGGCAAACCGUGCAGGUUCAGAAUCUGCAAAGCCUUUCAAAUCUGCAAGUUCAAAAUGCUGGGUUACCCCAACAACUAACCAUUACUCCUGUGUCUUCAAGUGGUGGCACAACCAUUGCCCAGAUUGCUCCGGUGGCUGUUGCUGGUACCCCCAUCACUCUGAACGCUGCCCAGCUUGCUUCAGUACCUAAUCUUCAAACAGUAAGUGUUGCCAACCUGAGUGCUGCAGGUGUUCAAGUUCAAGGAGUUCCUGUUACCAUUACCAGCGUUGCGGGUCAACAGCAAGGACAGGAUGGAGUGAAAGUACAGCAAGCCACAAUAGCUCCUGUAACCGUAGCAGUAGGUGGCAUUGCUAAUGCAGCAAUUGGUGCUGUUAGUCCCGAUCAGAUAACACAAGUGCAGCUUCAACAAGCUCAACAAGCUUCUGACCAGGAAGUGCAGCCUGGCAAGAGACUGAGAAGAGUUGCCUGCUCAUGUCCUAACUGCAGAGAGGGAGAAGGAAGAGGCAGCAAUGAGCCAGGAAAAAAGAAACAGCAUAUCUGCCAUAUUGAAGGCUGUGGAAAAGUUUAUGGCAAGACAUCUCAUCUUCGGGCACAUCUGCGCUGGCACACCGGUGAAAGACCAUUUGUGUGCAACUGGAUCUUUUGUGGCAAGCGAUUCACAAGGAGUGAUGAGUUACAAAGGCAUAGAAGAACCCACACAGGUGAAAAGAGAUUUGAAUGCCCAGAAUGUUCUAAAAGGUUUAUGCGAAGUGACCAUCUCUCGAAACAUGUCAAAACUCAUCAAAACAAGAAGGGUGGUGGAACAGCCCUUGCUAUUGUUACCUCAGGAGAACUGGACUCUUCAGUUACUGAGGUUCUUGGUUCUCCAAGAAUUGUCACUGUUGCUGCCAUUUCUCAAGAUUCAAACCCAGCAACCCCUAAUGUUUCAACAAACAUGGAAGAAUUCUGAAAGGAUCAUUUAUAUGGACACCUAGUGCUGCACUUAAGUUUACAUACCUUUCAGGAUAUGGAAGUGGGCUGGUAAAGUGGAUUACAGAGCAGGAAAUCUUUUUUUCAGUCAUGACUUCUGUAAGUGUUCCAGGUUGGAAGGUCAGCAAGGGAAGUGUACACCGGUGCAACAAGACAAAAAUUUCAAAAAUACAAACAGCGCAAAUUGAUGACUGGAUAAACAGAUAGAGGAAUAAUAUUUCCAUACUGUACUUUUUUAGUUAUAUAUCUGUAUAUUCUGUAAUGAUUUUAAGUGAACUUUACCCCCCUAUUUUACCACUGUAUGUUAAUGUGUUUAUAAAAUCUGAUAGUAUCAAUGUAAAACUGGGUGGACCUUGACUAGGAUUAAUACCGUUUGAUGAAGGCACUUUGUUUUUAACAUAAAUUUGUAGUAUUUUAAUGAGAGCAUCCUUUUCCCAUAAGACGCAGCAAAACAGAACACAGGAUGAACAACAGUGGACAUAUUUUGGGAUUUUGCUCAGUCCAUACAACACAUCGGUUAAUUUUGGCCAUCUUUUCUCAAAUUUUGGAAUUACUCAAAUAGCAGCUGAGUGAUGCAUGCUGCAAAGUGAUUCUGAGGUGGGCCUCAGAUUAAUUUCAACUACUACAUUAUAGUAGUGUGUAUAAAUGACAAUCAGUGAGUUCUAAUUCCUCUCUUCAUGUGGAGAGCUAGGCUAUGUAGAAUUAGUGUAAACAGUAGGAAAGAUAAAACCAUAGAAAGAUAUUAACAUAUGAUUUACAAAAGUAAUGGUAUCUUUAUGUAGAACAAAAGAAAAUUGUGUCAAUUUUUGGUAAUUAGUUUCAUUUUAUAUUUCCCUGCCCAUCUGCCCAUGGCAAGGAGGUUGGAACUAGAUCUUUAAGGUCCGUUCCAACCCAAACCAUUCUGUGGUUCUAUGAUUCUGUAUUUUAAAACAUCUGUGGCCCAUUUCUAACUCAUAGAUAACUUGAAUCUUAAAAACUCGAGCUUAGGUGUUUGAUUGUUUUAAUUUUGUUAGAAUUCAUGGAAAUCAAUCUGACAACUGAGUGUUAUCCAGUAUCUCCUCUGUAAAUACUAGUUUGUUAUGUUGUGGUUAAUGUGCUGAGUUCUUUGUGCUUUGACUUAAUAGCCAAAGAAAAAAAUUAAUUAUCACAUUUUAAUAAGGAAAGAAGUAAGUAAACAUUUUCUCUUUCCCCUCACAUAUUACCACCAUUUUUCAAGGAUAGUAUAUAGGCUGUUAAUAAAUAUCUGUUACCUAUCAAGUCUUAUAUUGAUCCUCCAACCAAAAAACAAACUGGGAAAAGAGAAAUAUUAUAAUCUUUUUGGGACAUAACUUUUGGUUUCAAAGGUUUGGUUAAAUUUUCAGAUGUGACAGUGAAUAUAGAGGAAAUAUUAAAAAAAAAAAAGAAAAAACAAUAACAAAAAUUGCAUUUUCUGUGUGAAAAUUAGUAGUAGGUACAAGGAGGAAAGAUGGCCAAAUAUUUCAUACUCAGGAUUUUUAAUUACUUCCCCUAGGCAUAAAUACAACCUUUUACAUCUACAGUCACUUGUUAAUAAAUUCUCAUGACCAGUUUUUAAGGAGAUUUAUAUACCAAAAUAUUUUAAUGUAACUGAAGGAAGUACAGUGCAAGAAGAAUAAGAUGUUCUUCUUUCCCCUACAGAUUAUGAAAGGAAGAAUGUAUGUGGUAACUGUUGGUUUGUAAGACGUAACAGGUACCCUGUGCAUUCCCUAAAGAUCAUAUACUUCUCAUCUGAACAACAAUUUAUCAAUCUUGUGGUGUUUUCUGUAUUUUUGAAGCAAAAGAAAUGCCAUUGUUUACACUGUGUACACUUUAGGCCAGCCCUUUGUAGCAAAAUACUAAGCUGAGGGUAUUUUAUACUUUCAGUUUACAUAAAAAGCUUUGAGAUUAAAGAAAAACAAUUUUACACUGUGGUUAUAAAUUUCAAGUUUCUUAAAGCUUUUUUAGACUUGUAACAGAGUCUUUAAAUUUUAGUUGGGUUUUGUACAUUAUUUUGUAUAUUUUAUUUAAAGUACUCUUAACUGAUGUAUCUGGAUUUAAAACAUCAGAAGCAAUUAGGUGUUACAUUUAAUACAGAUGAACAUUAGGUAGUAUUAACUGUUAAUUUUAUUAUAAAGGAAUUGAAACGUCAAAGAUAUAUUUUAUCAUUAUGCUUCACAAUCAGUGCUCUACAUUACUGUAUGCAAAGAAGAACUUUCCUAAUGUUAAUAUCAUAUUUCCUAAAAGUUAACAGUUUUGUAAACUGAAGUUACAAGCAUUCUGCACAACCAUUUCAUAUGUAAUUUUUUCAUGCAUACUUAUGUAUGCAGAUAGGAAACUGAAGUAAUUUUUAAUCUGCAAUGAAUCCCUGUUAUAGAUGUGUCCAAAUCUAAAUCUGGUUGGCUUCAUAGCAUCUCAAGUACAUUAACUUGUGUUAGCAGGUGCACAUUUUACCGCUGGAAUUAGAAACAUUCUGCCAGUCUGUUCUGCAUACCAUUCUGAAUCCACUUUUCUGUCUUAAAAGGAUCGUAAAUUUCAAUGUCCUUUAUUUGACUCAGUGGGAUAUAGCUGUUGUAAGUAAUAGGGCACAGAUGUGCAGUAGUAUCUUGUUUAAUGGCAUUUCACUUUUCAUUCCCUUUGCCACCAUUAAAAAUUUUGCUUUAUUGUAAUUAUCAGUGCAAAGUGUAUUUACCAUGGUAGAACUCCAGUGUUAGAAUAGUUUUUUUCUUACAAUAUACUUUCUUUGGUUAGGUUUGUGUAUGUAUUGCCGAUUACAUUAGCAAUUGGUGUUAAGUCAUUAUUUAUCACAUUCUUUCACGAGAGCAGUAAUAAAAGUGUGUAAUCUAGGAGAAAAAGUUAAUUUGUCAAAGUUAAGUAAGCAUGAUGUUUAGGUCCUAUUUUUCAAUUUUAUAACUGUUUUAUUGCAACAAUAUUUGUAUUUAAGUCUUCAUUUUAAUGCCUUGUGGUGUUUUUUUAUGCAUGUCACUGAAUUGUCAUCCCGCAAGAAUUGAUGUGCAGCAUAGGGUAUUAAAUCUACAUAAUGAUUUUGAAACAGAAAAAUAGUUGAUGGUAAAAAUGUAAAUGUUUUGCAAAAAUUCCUUAUAAAAAAAAAAAAGUUUUGUAGUAAUAUUUCACUUGUAAAUUUUUCUAAAAAAAUGGAAAAGGAAAAAAAUGAGAGUAAUGCUCCCCACAUCUAGAAUUUAGAAAUUAAUUCUGCCAGCAAAGCCUGUAAGGCAUUAAUCUGACACUUUUACAAUGCUGAUUUGUAUAAUUUUUUGGUGGGUUUGGAACUAAAAUCAUGUACAAGUUGUUGCCUGCAAUAACAUUUUGCAAGUAACCUAUUAAAAUUCCCUUGAGUUUAAAAGGUUUCUUCAUUUAAUUGCUUACAAUAUAAAGCAGCAAUAAAUAAUGUUUGUAUGAUAAUCUGUUCAUCAAGAAGAACACAUAGAAAACAAAUGCUUCUCAAUGGGGAAAGGUUGGCAGCAGCUUCUGGAUUUGUGUAAUUAAGACCUGUACUUGCUGGUCAGCGUUUCCCAACUGGCAGACUCCCAGCAGGGAAUUAAACCAGCAGAUUCUAGCUCAGCAUGAAUUCUGUGGGGUUUGUUCAGCUCUUGCAAAUGGAAGCUGCGGUUGUUCCUGAACGCACCAAAGGAAUAACCACAGGGAAAAAUUUCCUAAGGUAAGGAAUAUGUGCAUACACACACACACACACAGAUAAAAUACAAAUUUAGAAAAUUGAAGAUAAUUCAGUUUGAUAGAGAUAAAUAAUCAAAGUGUCACUGUGUUGCACACAGGGAAUGAAUAUAACAAAUAGGUGGAAACCUGAAAGUACUGACUUCAACUCAUAGAAAAUAUAUUGAGCUUUCCUUAGUGAAAUGUUGUCAGGCUCCUGCAUUGUGUUAUACUAAAAUAACUUUCAUGGUAUGCCAAAUUGCUAAUGAUAAUGUUAUACUCUUUUUUUUUAAUGCUAAAAAUUUUAAUGUACUUUACUGUACUUUUGCAGUAAAUAAGUAAUGCUGUUUCACAAAGGAAGAAAUACAUAGAGAAUCACAUAAUCAUUUAGGUUGGAAAAGACCUUUAACAUCAUUGAGCUCAAAUGAAAAGCUAACACUGCAAAUCCCACCACUAAAACAAGUCCCUGACCACCACAUAUACACAAAAGAGGGCCACUUCCUUCCAUUUUCCAAAAGAUGAAUUUAUAAUUUGAGACUUCUAACCUUGUACUGCAAAACAGAAUAAUCUUUCCUGAGAUAUAAAUAUAUUAUCUUUAUUAUGUGUUUGAUUAAAUACCUGUGAAAGUCUCAGUAACUUCUAUUUGAAUGUCAAACUUCUGAAGUCAAUCUAUGUUGUAAUUCAAAGUAAAUGGACGUCUGACCAACUAA